AUGUCCAAAGCCAAGAAAUUCGGCGCAAGGAAGCAGAAAGCCACGGCUGAGAAAGAGAAGGCUUUAAAUUCACAAGCGGAACAGAAGGAGCAAGAAAGGGAAGCGCGAGCGGCCAAGAAGGAGUGGCAAGAUGCAGCACGAGCGGCCAAGAAGGAGCAGGAAAACGCAGCGCGAGCAGCCAAGAAAGAGCAGGACAAAGCUGCGCGCGAUGAGCGUCAAGCUCGGCGAGAACAACGACAGGAUGGGCAGCCUUCUCUUGAGGAAGAAGAGCGCACUAUGCGGCGGAUCAAUUUGCCUCCGACCAACUGGAACGAUCUCCUCAAUCAUUGCGCAAGGGUCGUCCACAGCAUGUCGUUGGCCAGUCCGAGUGACAACGUUACCGCGCGGACGGUAAAAGCUUUCGGCAAGGCUGUGGCUGCCAGGUGGUCAGGCUAUGUUUCGGGGCUUCGAAGAAGCCACCAGGAAGGGUUCAGUUCAGCUGAUGCGGAAACUGGUCCGUCGACGGGAAAUUCCGCAUCGCCGAUCAACCGGGAAGAGACGGAUACUCCGAUUUCAGCCCCCAAACUGGAGUCCAACGUGGAGUUUACGUUUGAUGAACUCGAGGGCAUGCUUUUCGCGUACGCAGGCAGUAUGGAAACUUACGAGUACGAUUCAACUCUACUCGUCACCAUAUUGGAAUCGUUGGUUGUUGAUGCAAUUAACAGCCCCAAAUGUAAGAAGGUCAGGGACAUGGUGCUCAGAACAAUUCAACAGAUCAAAGAAGUCAAGAGUGGUGUCAAGAAAGAGGAAGAUCCGGAAGAGCCAUGCCUUUCUUCCCCCGAUCCGCGGAUGACUCGCGCCAUGAGUCGCGAACCAAAGACCGAGGAGCCCGAAGAGAUAGGUCUCACGCAUAUUGAUCGCCUUGUCGAUGGCGAUAUUCUUGCAGAUAUCACCCUGCUCUUGGCGGAAUACAAGAAGACUCUCGUGCGCAUCCUUGCUCUCACUACAUCGCUUAGUACUAACUCGUUUUCUGGCACUCGGACACAGAGCAAUGACGGUAAGGACUUCGCGAAGCUUGACGCAGUGAUGAAUAGCCUCUGGAUGUGUCCGCCGGCCCCAAGCUUCGAUCCGAAGCAGCCUCCUCGCGAUCUGGAGGAGUUCAAGGCACGCAUCGCACCUUGGAUUCUGAAGGCGAUUGAGCGCCUCUCUCGGGCAACCACUCGCUAUGAGGCGAGCCUUGACGCUGUGGUUGGCUCGCUUCUGGCGUGCAAUUUUACCGCCGACGGGGGGUUCUCUCUCCGCGCGCAAUGGAAGCUCAACGAGCCGUUGUAUGCAUGUGCUGAUACUAACACUGUCUCCAUCGGCCGCGACUCUUUGGAGCGAGAAGUUACCGACAACUUCAUCAUUCCGGAGUUCGUCAUCAUGUGCGUUGAUGACGGCGGCAGGAUCAUCAACGUCAUCCUUGUUGUCGAGGACAAGCGUACCGACAAUCCGGUUCCCCAGCUUCGGAACUACGCCUUGAGGCUCAAAGAAUAUCACGAUCUCGUCGGUCUUGGCUGUCGUCUGGCGCCUGCGACUCAGGGCGACGGCGUUCAAGCUCUCAUCUGCCGUUACGAUAUCAAAGAUGAAUUUGGUCCUCAAUACAAGACGAAUGAUGACGCAAGCUUCUGGUAUUCGAUCACCAACGAUUUCAUCCUCGAGACUCUCUUCGACCUCUGCGUCGCGAACUGGCGCUUGGCCGAUAAUAAAGUGAAGGCCACCUAG